CUCACAAUUCUUAACAAUGGCUAGAGCGAUAGGAGUUUGGAUUGCUCUCGUAGCAGCACUCUCUGUUUUUCUCCAUGGAAUGGAAGUGAGGGCGGCCACAUUUGAAAUCACAAACCAGUGCCCGUACACGGUGUGGGCGGCGGCAAGUCCAGGUGGAGGGCAACAACUGGACCAAGGGCAGACCUGGACCAUCCAAGUUGCGGCGGGAACAACACAGGCCAGAAUCUGGGCACGCACGGGCUGUUCCUUCGACGGAAGUGGUCGUGGCACCUGCCAAACGGGUGACUGCAACGGCAUGCUCAGCUGCCAAGGCUACGGCCAGGUGCCUGCGACACUGGCUGAAUAUGCGCUCAACCAAUACAUGAAUCUUGAUUUCUACGACAUCUCUCUCGUCGACGGCUUCAAUGUGCCUCUUUCCAUGACUCCCACGUCAACGGACCCUAAUUGCAAAGGCAGAAUUGCAUGCCUGAGCGACAUUAAUUCGCAGUGCCCCAGCGACCUCAAGGUGACUGGUGGGUGCAAAAGCGCCUGCGCCAGAUAUAAUACGCCCGAAUACUGCUGCACUGGAGCCUCUGAAAACACCUGCGGCCCGACAGAUUACUCGAGGUUUUUCAAGGGACAAUGCCCCCAGGCUUACAGCUACGCCAAGGAUGAUGCCACCAGCACCUUUACCUGCCCUAGCGGAACCAAUUACAAAGUCGUCUUCUGCGGCUAACUUUCACUUCUUUCUUUGUCUCUACGGAAAUCUAAGUAAUAAAUAAUGAGGAAGAAGAUGUAUCUCUGUGCUCCGUAUCAUGCGUUGAGCUGUUAAAAGUUAUUAUCAGUUGUUAAAAUACCAGAUUUGUGUCCACACAGGAUGCUUGAGAAUAAAUACUGGAUGAAAUUAUAAGUGUUGGGUAGAACAAUCUAGCAGAUUAAAUGAUUGUUAAAAGAAGUUAUUUCAGCUGAUU